GAGAGGAGGAGAAGGAGGAAAGGCCUGGACCCCCUUUUCCCCCCUUUGAGAGGAGCAGAGGGGGAGGAGCGCCAAGGAGGGUCUACGAGCGGCGUUAUGAGCCAUACGCCGGUCUGAAUGAAGCAGAGGAUUGUGGGAUACUUCACGGCUGCGAGAACGGCAGGUGUAUCCGCGUCGCCGAGGGUUACACCUGCGACUGUUACCAAGGAUACGAACUGGACAUGACCUCAAUGACAUGUAUAGAUAUAAACGAGUGUGAGGACGGCGGCGUGGACUACCCGUGUGUGAACUCUCGCUGCGUGAACACGGACGGUUCGUUCCGCUGCGUCUGCAGGAGAGGAUACGUGAUGUCACGCAGACCCAACCACUGCGUCGCCGCGUAGAGAAACGGACCGUAAAGAAACAACAGCACUAUACAGAGCUGAAGGACGUCCUAUUUUCUGUGUUGGUCCCUGAAGGCAGCAUCGGCCUGGGAUUUCUCCUUUUGAUUCUGGAUUAUUGCAGAAAAUAUUCUCAACGUUUUUGAUACUUACCACAUUUUUUGAAGUAUAAAGCCAACGUUAGGCUAUAAAGGAACUACAGCACGGUCACAUGACUUCACGUCACCACCGCUAAGCUAAAGGCGGCUAAUG